AUGGCCAACCCCGCUGCUGACGCCAAGAAGAAUGAGGGCAACGACGCCUUUAAAAACCAGGACUACCCAACGGCUGUGGCCAAGUACACGGAAGCCAUUGACUUGGAUCCGUCGAACCACGUUUACUACUCCAACCGCAGUGCUGCCUACGCUGGAUGGGGGAAGUUCCAAGAGGCCGUGGACGAUGCUGUCGAGUGCACUCGCUUGAACCCUCAGUUCGUCAAAGGGUACCACCGUCACGGUGUAGCGCUCAAGGGACUCAAGAAAUAUGACGAGGCGCUCGCGACGCUGCGUGCUGGUCAGCGCGUCGACUUCAACAAUGCUGACUUGAACCGUCUGGUGAAAGAGAUUGAGCCGCUGCAGGCGCGUGUGGAACAGGCCAAGCGCUCGGGAAUGAGCCCCGCUGAGCUCCUGAAGGAGCGUGGAAACGACGCGUUCAAGAGCGCUGCGUUCGAAAACGCUAUUGGACUGUAUGGGGAAGCCAUUGAGGCCUGCAGCGACAAGCCUGGCUCGGACCUCGCGCUGUCGUGCUACAACAAUCGUGCAGCUUGCAACCAGCAGCUCAGCAACUUCUCGGCCGUGAUUCGCGACUGCACUCACGUGCUCGAAUACGACGAGAAGAACCAGAAGGCGCUUCUGCGGCGUGCGUUGGCCUACGAAGGCUUAGAGCGUUACCGUCUUGCGUUGCAGGACAUUCGAGCACUGCUGGCUAUCAACCCUUCCAUUGACAUUGCCAACAAGGCCCAGCACCGUCUCAGUAACUACGUGCGCCAGCUCAAGCAAAACAGCUAA